CUCGGCCAUCUUUCAAGAAAAAUUUCCAAAAAAAUGUGGCGACCCGGGCAUGUUCACUAUUCCUUGCACGAUAGGAAACACCACAUUUCCUAAGGCCUUACUAGAUUUAGGGGCAUCUAUAAACGUCAUUCCUUAUUCCGUUUAUAAAUCCCUACAACUUGGCCCACUACAUCAAACUGGUGUGGUGAUUCAACUAGCAGAUCGUUCUAGUACCUACCCGAAGGGCGUAUUAGAAGAUGUGCUAGUAGAAGUAGAGAAUAUGGUUUUUCCUGUCGACUUCUACGUCCUCGAAAUGGGGAAUGAUGACCAAACAGCGCCCAUCCUUUUGGGAAGACCCUUCUUAAAAACCGCAAAAACAAAAAUUGACGUGUCUAGUGGUUCAUUAACUUUAGAGUUCAAUGACCAAAAAGUAGAGUUCAAUAUCUUUGACUCUACGAAAAAACAAAUUAAAGAUCAAUCUCUUUGUUCUUUGAAUGUUUUUGAACCACCAACACCAAAUGUUUUAAUUGAGUUGGGAACAAAGAGGAAAGGUCGACCUUACUGGAAAAGGCUGAAGAAAAGAGAUGAACUAAGGGAUGUUCACGAUCCCACUUAAAAGAGAAAAUAAAAUAAAAACAACGUCGUGCCGCGACAUUAAAUCAAGCGCUUCUUGGGAGGCAACCCAAGUUUGUAUUUCAAUCAUUUUCAUUUAUUUGUGUGUUUGAGAAAAGUUUCAAAAAAAAAAAAAAAAAAAAAAAAAAAAAAUUGAAACUACCCGACCGGGUAACUCCAAUCCACCCGGCCGGGUACCUAAAUUUUUUGGUACCAGACCACUGCUUUGCGAAUCCGCCCGGGUCAAACCACAUACCCGGCCGGACAAAAAAAUAAAAUAAAAUAGUCAAAAUUAACUAAUACCCGACCGGGUACUUUAUUUCACCCGGCCGGGUAUUCAUUCCAGUAGCUACUGGAUAAGCAGGACCCGAAGACCCGACCGGGUCUAUUAACCCACCCGACCGGGUGAACGGGAAAACACCCCUAUACCAGGUCGGGCGACCUCUUCCCCUCCCACUUUCCUUCUUCUUCCUACGAACCAAACCCCCAAAAUCCCCCAUUUUUACACUCCAAAAGCUUCGAAACUAUCCCAUUUCUCCACCAAAUCCAUCAAAUAACACCACUUUCUUCAUCUCCUCUUCACCCUCUUCCACUCUAUACCCAUCAAUCUCCCCCAAAACAACCAAAUCAACCAAACCCAUAAACCCUACCUCAAGGUCCGAAAAUCCCCAUUUUUGAGCAUUCAAGGUCCAAAAUCAAGCCCAAAAUCCCCAACCAAUAGCAAUCCUUGUUCUCCUCACCAUUCUCUUCCAAACCAUACCCAUAAAAACUCUCCAAAACUCACCCUAGCCAAAAGUCCGAAAAUCACUCAAGAAAAAACCAAAAAAAAAAAAAUCAAGUUCAAUGGCUCCAAGAAAAUCCAAAGGCUCUUCCUCAAGGGGUAACCGAGCUAUACCACCGGUGCCGGGCUACGAGAACGUGGAUUUGGCUACGGAGGGUCAAAGGGAAAGCUUCAUCAACCAAACAAAGAGGGAGGUAAAACAAUCCCGUUUCAUGUGCUUAACUACCCUAGCAUUACUGUGGAUUGAUGUUGUGAUGCGUGACAUAUUUGCGAGAAUUGGAAUGACUAGAAUAUUUGGAAUGCAAUAUGUUACAUAUCCUCAUUUGGUGUAUGAAUUUUUUAGCUCGUUUGCGUAUACGAAAGAUGUGGAUGAUCAUGCAAAUGACAUCAUCACCUUUCGUUUACUAAAUGAAAAUCGUUCAUUAACCAAAAGGGAAUUUGCUCAACACUUUAGCCUCCCAUUAUUUGAUGAAGCACGUACAUAUGAUUCUCUUGUGGGAUAUGAGUUGUGGAAGAGAAUGACAGGAAAACCUGUGGUUGAUCUUUCUAAGCUGAGCGUGAACCGUGUGCAACAUCCGGUCUUCCGACUAUUCUUAAAAUUUUGCUCAAAUUGUUUUCUCGGAAGACCAAAUAAUCAUCACACACGGAUUUGGGAUGUGUGCGUUCUAGCGCAAGCUGUUUUGCCUGGCCCGGAUCAAGUUGAUGUUGCCACCAUCUUAUGGACCCAUUUCUACAACGUGGCAACAUCAACAGGACCAAUUGUGAUGGGGGGCCUCAUCACACAUAUAGCCACUUUAUAUGGUUUUGUAGACCACGGCCCCAUCACCUCAAGACAACUUAUUUGCACUGAAUGGCUUGUAACAAAGACCCUAGACUUGGUAACCUCUCACAAAACACCAACCGGGGCACAAAUCUAUAAUUGGCGCAUCCUCCCACGCACCUCCAUCUACCUCCAAAUACCCUCGGCCGACGUCCCCCUGGAUAUCAUCGAUCACCAAAUCGGGGAUGGUCAUCACUAUUGUCUUCCCGGGGCAAUCCCGGAUCAUUAUGAAGAACCCAUCCAAAAUGAAGAUGAUGAAGAACCACCAAUCAUACCCGAACAACCCCCACUAAUUCCUGAACAACCACAACCUCAAGCUUUUCACUACACACCUUUCGAGCAACAAAUGCUCGAUAACAUGGCCAUGCUCAACAACAACUACACCCAACUUCGGAAUGAAGUUGGAUUAUAUCGUACGGAGCACAGGCAGAGCUUUGAGAGGAUGGAGGAGCAGCGGCAGGCAGACUGGCGUAGAUAUGAGGAAGACCGCCGGAGAGAUGAGGAGGACCUACGGAGGACCUAUGGUCCUAUUUAUUCCUAUAUGGCGCAUCAGGGUGGAUUUGCAUCUAUGACCACUCCUCCUCCCGCACCCUCUUGGUAUGAUCCUACUGCAUGGGGUUAUUUUGGAGGCUCGAGUUCUGGUGGUGGAGGCGAUGAUGGUGGUUAUGGCGGUGAUCACAUGGAUGAGGACAGACACCAUGGUGGCGGUAUGGGCGGGCACUAGGGACAGUGCAAUUACUCAGCUGGGGGGAGACUGUUCUGGAUCCUAAGGAUGAUGAUGAAAGGGAGUUCGUUGGUGAGAGAACCGAUUUCGAAGACCUCUUGAUGUUGGGGAUAUUUUUUGUAAUCAUUCUGCUUUUAGAUACACUUUAUGGUGGUUGUUCUGAUACUGUUGUUUUGAAGACUUCAUGGACAUGGUUUAUUUUACUCGAGACGAGUAAAAGUUCAAGUGUGGGGGUAUUUGAUAUGCACUAGUUAAUAGUGCAUAAAUGUGUAUGUUUAUAUCUUGUUUUGUGUGGAUUGUUUACCAUUUGUGUGUAGUUGUAAACAUUUGUUUACUUUUUAUUUGUAAGUGUUUUUAGCUUUUAUUUGUGGGUUAGGAAGUUUUGGUAGAAUUGUUGGCAAGGAAAAGGAAGAAAAACAAGGAGAAUGCUGCCCAGAAGAAUAAACCCGACCGGGUAGAAACCUUCACCCGGUCGGGUUUGAAUUAACAUUUGCAGUCUCCAGGAAAUUACUCUACCCGGUCGGGCCCUAUACCUCACCCGGUCGGGUGAGACUUGACCGAAGACAACCCGGCGUGCUGAAAAACAUUAGAACAUGGAAAAUAUUUGAUUCGGACCAGUACCCGGUCGGGUAGAUACUCUACCCGGUCGGGUACUCGGCCAAAGGUGUUGAAAAACACCUAUAAAUAGCACACUUUUCCUUCAUUAAAGAAUACCAAUUCCUAUAUACUCUUAAGCUCAGUUUAGAAUAGCAUUUCUUUAUAUUUCUUUUAGCAUGUUUAGUCUCCAAAUGAGGAGCUAAACUUCCAUUUCUUGGUGUUGCUCUUGAAGCUUGUUGAUUAUUAAAGUUGUGAGUUAUUUUCUUAACUUCUUUCCUUGAAUAUUAAUGCUUCUCUUAAAUACUAUUUCUAUAUCAAUGUUGGGGAGUGUUGCUAAGAUGACAAUUAGUUAACAUCUUGACAU